AUGCCUUCAAACAAAGCUCCAACGAUAACAGAUGAUGAUAUAUUGCCUCCAUCCGAUACUUUAGCGGAGGCCAUGUAUAAAAGUACAAAACUUGACUUCCUUUUCCCAGUGCCGUCGAAAACAACCGUGAAGCAAGAGACACCGACCGCAUUGACCACUACAACAUCACCCCAGGAAAGCAGCCACCAAAGUCAGUGGAAACUAUUACGAACACUAGCUGGAGCCCACCAAGGAUGGGUGCGAGCGGUGACUGUUGAUGAAGUUACCAAUAACUGGUUCGUAACGGGUUCAUCCGACGCAACAAUCAAGAUUUGGGAUCUUGCAUCACUGCAAUUGAAAAGCACCAUCACCGGCCAUAUAAUGGGGGUUCGAGCACUAGUAGUGUCGAAAAAGUUUCCAUACUUGUUUUCCGGGUCGGAAGACAAGACAUUGCGGUGUUGGGAUUUGGAGAAACUGAAUGCGCCCGAAGGAUGCCAGAUUAAGAAUUUCCAUGGCCAUGUUGGAGGGAUAUAUGCUUUGUCACUACACCCACAGCUUGAUGUUGUGCUUAGUGGAGGGAGAGAUGCCGUUGUUCGGAUAUGGGAUAUUCGAGCCACUAAAGAAGUUGCAUUAUUAUCAGGACAUAAAAGUGAUAUCACUGCCAUUGAAUCGUAUAGUAAUGAACCCCAAGUUGUCACGAGCUCAAUGGAUGGGACAAUACGAUUAUGGGAUUUGCGAAACCAAAAGACCGAAUUGUGCAUAACGCAACAUUCAAAGAGUAUACGAGCAAUGGCUGCCCAUCCGUUGGAACAAACUUUUACUUCUGGUGAUUCCAAUGGUAACAUCAAACAAUGGCUACUUCCGAAUGGCGAGUUGUUAAACAACUUUGAAAAAUCAAAAGAGGGAAAGAUUAUAAACACAUUAUCGCUAAACGCAGUCACCAAUACAUUAUUUGCUGGGUAUGAUGACGGUAUAGUUGAAUUUUAUGACUAUAUACUGGGAAGAUUAAUACAGUCUGGCCAAGCACCGGCUCUACCUGGUGCCGAUGGCGCAGCAAUUUAUGCGUCAACGUUUGAUAUGUCAGGUCUAAGAUUAAUUACUUGUGGCGGAGACAAAAGUAUAAAAAUUUGGGGUGACACUGAAUAA